UCUCUGUUUACCUGUCUGUCUCCCGUCUCCCUGUUUACCUGUUCUGUGUCCUGUCUCCCUGUUUACCUGUCUGUCUCCUGUCUCUCUGUUUACCUGCCUGUCUCCUGUCUCUCUGUUUACCUGUUCUGUGUCCUGUCUCCCUGUUUACCUGUCUGUCUCCUGUCGCUCUGUUUACCUGUCUGUCUUCUGUCUCUCUGUUUACCUGUCUGUCUCCCUGUUUACCUGUCUCUCAGGUGUAUUGGGUUCAUUUGGGGGAGGAGUUUCUCAAUUGGAUUAUACAGGAGCCAUCGACCCGUCCAGUCACGACUUCCUGCUCGGCCUGAUGGGUGGAGGUGAUCCGUUCAAACCAGAUCACAUGACUCCGCCCCCUCAGCUGGACUCCGCAGGUCCUGCUCAUCACUCUGACAUCAGUAUCGACCAAUCAGGACCAGGACGCACCUCUCUGAUCUCAGGGCCUGACCAAUCCCAGUCCAGCUCUCUCUCUGUCUCAGGCCACUCCCAUUCUGCAGCCCAGGGAGAUGCAGCAGCUUCAUCAUCUUCAUUACAAAGUGAAGCUCACAGAGUACAGACAGAUGGAGCCGACUCUCCCGACACUAACGGAAAUGGUCGUCAGACUCUUCUGACGGACAUAAAUGCAGGUGGGGCGGAGUCAGUGAGUGGUCUUCACAUUGACCUCACAGCUUCAGGUCUCGGACUCACCCAUGAUGUCACAGGUGGGUACUCCCACACAGACCUGGUUACCAUGGCAACAGACUCCACAGGCACAGACACAGUUCCAGCAGAUCCAACAGGGACGCCACUCGACUCCACUCCAGCAGAUCCAACAGGGACGCCACUCGACUCCAGUCAUCCAGCUGUGACAGAUCACACACAGAUGGCUGGUUCCGUCACUGAACAGUACAACCCAUCUGGUCAGGGUCCUGAAGGUGCAGAAAAUGUGGAACUGGAGGAUACCUGCUGACUUCCACAUUAAGCCGCGAGUUCGAUUCCUGCGUUACCGAUUCCAGUGUACCGAUCAAUCAGCAUGGCCCAGGAAAUCAGACCCUUCCCACUAGCUGUAGGCCCCGCCCACUGAGCGUCAGCGACUCGUUGGUGUUUUUUUAAAUAUUUAAAACGUGGAAUUUGUUUAUAGACGUUUAUUUUGUUUUAGGGAGAAAUAAAUAAAAAUAAAGAUUCAGCUGAAUGUCCAAAAACAUUUGGUGAUUCUAUUUUUACUUGAUGACAUCAUACAGGAUGUGACAUCAUCUUGAACUUUUACAAUAAAUGUUUUUGUCUAUUUUGAACAUCAAA